AUGGCUUCCUUCACCAACAAUAUUCUGAAGCUUCUUUUGCUUCUCCCUGCACUCAGCUUAUCAAGAACAUGGGCUCUCGACUCUUCUCAGUCUUCUUCUUCUUGUCAUUCUUCUUCUUCUUCUUCUUCUUCUUUCUGCAAAACCACACCAUACCCAGAAGUCUGCCUUGACGCAUUGGAACACUCCAUCCACGAAAUAUCAACGGCUACCAGUCCAAACAACACCGCCUACUACUUCCAUUACACCCUCAAAACCGCAACAAAUGAGUCUAGAAAGCUUUCCACUCUGUUAUCCAAGGCCGGAAUCUUAAAUAAUAUCAUCGAAAAACAAAGAGGAACCAUCCAGGACUGUACGGAACUCCACCAAAUCACAUUGUCUUCUUUACAAAGAUCAGUGUCCCGAACCAAUGAUGUACCCAUUAAUAAACGCAAACUAGCCGAUGCAAGAGCUUACCUUAGCGCAGCACUCACCAACAAGAUCACGUGCUUGGAAUCCCUCGAUUCAGCUUCAGGUCCUUCGAAGCCAGCCCUGCUGAAAUCCAUAAAUGACACUUACAAGCAUGUAAGUAAUUCUCUUUCAAUUCUGUCAAGCAAAUUCGGCCAAAAUAUUAGCCAAAACGGCCAAAAUAAUAGGCGCCUCAUGGACGCGGGUGUUCCAACAUGGAUUUCAAAGAAAUUAGAGAGCCGGACUCGGAUGUUGGAGAGUGAAUAUGAUCCGAGCAAGGUGCUGACUGUGGCUGCUGAUGGAACUGGAAACUUCACCACCAUCACUGAUGCUAUCAACUUUGCUCCAAACAAUAGCAAUGAUAGAACAGAGAUCUAUGUGAAACAAGGAGUUUAUGAGGAAAAUGUGGUAAUCCCAAGUUACAAGCUAAACAUUUUUCUUUGUGGAGAGGGAACUGAUGCCACUAUCAUUACUGGUAAUAGAAGCGUGGUAGAUGGCUGGACCACUUUCAACUCUGCAACUCUUGCGGUGUCUGGAGAAGGCUUUUUGGCUCGAGACAUAUGUAUUGAGAACAAAGCUGGAGGAGAGAAACAUCAAGCUGUUGCUUUGAGAGUAAAUGCAGACUUUGUCGCAUUGUACAAAUGCUCCAUCAUUGGUUACGAGGAUACAUUGUAUGUCCAUUCCUUUCGACAAUUCUACCGAGAAUGUGAAAUAAAGGGCACUAUAGAUUUCAUAUUUGGGAAUGCAGCUGUUGUAUUUCAAUCAUGUGACAUUGUUUCAAGAAUGCCAAUGUCUGGCCAAUUCACGGUCAUCACAGCACAGUCUCGUAAUAGCCCAGAUGAGCCAACUGGAAUCUCUUUCCAGAAUUGUAAUAUUUUAGCUGAAAAGGAUUUGAGCUCUAGCGUAAAAAGCUACCUAGGAAGGCCAUGGAGGAUGUACUCUCGGACAGUCUACCUAGUAUCCUACAUUGACAGCUUUAUUGACCCAGCUGGAUGGACGCAAUGGUCCAAUGAUGAUAAUCAAGGAUUAGACACUCUGUAUUAUGGGGAGUAUGAUAACAAAGGACCUGGCUCAUCAAUAGAUGACAGAGUGACUUGGUCAGGGCAUCACAUAAUGGACUUUUUGGAUACAUUUAAUUUCACCGUGUCCCAGUUCAUUUCUGGUAUUGACUGGUUGGAAAAAAGUCCCAUUCCUUGCGAAUUUUGGGUAAAUUAA